UUUAAAUUAACCAGCGGGCACUUAAAGUUUACUUCUUUGUACUGGUGAUGCCCCUUUCCUGUUUUCAUUGAUGCAAAAUGACUUUAAAAUGAGAAAUAUUUUUCUUGUUUGCUAGCACCAUCUCCCCCUGUUGUCCAUCCACAUAAAAUGCAUAGUCCUGGAACAUAAGAAACGCGAUACGUUUCCUUCCAGUUCUUUUGUAAGCUGACAUGAAGUAGACAGACCCUCUGAAGUUUUGUGCAUGCUGUGCUUCUUCUCCACCACCCCCCUUGCUGCAACAAGAAAAGCCUUUUCUUUUAACCUGGCUUCCUUUGAAGAAGUGACUCAGGCAGCUUCAUGGCCUCUCAAGAUCCUCAAGGACAAAUAAACAAAAUCUUUCAGGAUUAUCUCCCGGGUUCUCCAGACCUUCCUAGCCAAAAUAAACCUGUUGAACCUACAAAAGCCUGGAAGCAUGCACCGCCUCCUCACAGCUUGCCUCCUGGUCUGGAAUACCUGAGCCAGCUGGACCAGAUAAUCAUUCACCAGCAGGUGGAGCUUCUUGAAGUCAUACUUGGUACGGAGACCUGCAGCAAAUAUGAGAUAAAAAACCAUUUGGGACAAAGAGUUUACUUUGCAAUGGAAGAAAAUGGUUGCUUUGAUCGUAACUUCUGUUCACCUAUACGGUCUUUCACCAUAAGGAUUACUGAUAACACCGGUCGAGAGGUGAUCACAGUGAAUAGACCCUUGAGAUGUAACAGCUGCUGGUUCCCUUGCUACAUGCAAGAGUUAGAAGUUCAGUCCCCUCCUGGUACAAUAGUCGGCUACGUUGUCCAGAACUGGGACCCUCUGCUGCCUAAAUUCACUAUACUGAAUGAGAGCAAAGAAGAUGUAUUGAAAAUAAUUGGCCCCUAUGCAACAUGCAGCUGUUUUGGAGAUGUAGACUUUGAGGUAAAAACUCUUAAUGAAAUGUCAACAAUUGGCAAGAUUUCCAAAUAUUGGUCUGGGUUUGUAAACAAUGUCUUUACCAAUGCUGCUAACUUUGGGAUCCAGGUUCCUGUAGAGCUUGACGUGAAAAUCAAGGCUAUAAUGAUUGGAGCUUGUUUCCUCAUAGUAAGUACACAAAACCAGAGGGAAAAGCCAUCCCAAGCUAGGUAACGUGGAGCCAAAGCACCCACAAUCUAUGGGAAAACCCCAGUCCUACAACAGGAUCCACGUGAGUGGACUCUUGGGUAUGUUCAGAUCCUGUUGCGGGAUUGGGAUCCAACCUAAAAUUGUCAGUACCUAAAAGAUUAUUAGCUGGGAAACCUGUAACUUUAAUGGGUUAUGUUUUUUUUUUAUCAUUUACUGAUAUGGAAUUCUUUAAAAUUUGUGUCAUUUUAUCAUAAAGUUACACCACAUCCAACAUCCUGUCAGUUUAAAUGAUCUUUUGUGACACAGGACAACACAUGAAAAGAUGUGAUCAAAUAUUUUAAUCCUCGCAGAACCUAACAGAACCCUGGAUC